CAAAGUUAUGUGUUAUAUGGUUGUUAUCGUUACCACUAUCAUUUCUUUUUGUAAAAGUCAACUUAAAAGUCUCUUUUUCCAUCUCUGCUACUGGUGCACGUUAACUUUAAGUAAAAACUUUGGAAUGUGGACAAUACUUAGGUGACUUAGAACAGUUGAACUCCUUUCCAACGAUAGCCGUAUGGAGUGCUGUAAAGUUCGUAAUCCACAACAGUGAGAGCGAAGCGAAUAAUGAUAGUCUCUCCUACGCUUUCCUACCUCUUAUCACCGAUCCCGAGCACGUGGACAAGCAAGGGCUGUUCAGGAGUUUAUCUCAAUCCGAAAAGAAGUUUAUCACAGACGAAGCGCACUCACCUCUUUUUGCUGUGGUCAUGAGAAAAAUUGGGGUCCACAAACAACUUGAAUGUCAUGGGUUUGUAUGUCAAACUUCCGAAGAUGCCAUAGUGAUAGCAGCCACUCUGUACAAAGCACUCGUGGCUCACAUGAAAGCGAAAGAGAAGAGGCCAAAAAAUAAAAAUGGCGUCACUACUUGUAUGUCCGUCACUUCGAGUACUACUUACAACGAGCAAAGCAACUCGGUGCCGGUUAGACCUCCAAGAAAGAAGAAAAGUUCUACUUCUUCUGUACUUAGUGACAAUGACUUGAUCAGUCUAUCGGAUACUAAACCGCUACUAAAUUCUAAGCCUCCCAAAAAGAGAAGAGCCCCAAAGGCUCCGUCUCCGCCUAAAGAUAAUGAUCUCGAUGCCAUUUUACCUUACGAGGAACCCGUCAAGCCUCCUGAUAUAGAGAACGGAGAAAAUAUUAUUAAAGAAAAUCGGGGAGGCCAACAUCAAGAAAGGCAAAGUGAGGAAGUAUUGGAAAUAAAACCAAAAACCUUUACCGAUAAACUGUAUACAUGUAUGAGCAAAGAGCAAAAACAGUUGACUGCUGAAAUCAAGCAGAUCAUGAGCGAAGGAGGAGGAAAAUUGAAAAAAGUACAAAACGUGCGGAAAGGCGAACCGGAUACUAUAAGGAAGAAGGAAAAUUCCACUGGUGAUAUUUUAACGAAAGUUACGAUACCCAGAUCUGGAAGUUUCCUGAACGCCGGUGGAAUCACACGGUAUAAGAACAAAGGUUCUAGGGGCAACGAGCAGGCUAGCGGCGGUUCCCCUCUAGGCUUCAAAGAGAUUUUCAACGAACUAUCUCUUCAAGAAGGCCUACAUUCUCUCGACGAUAUUCUCAGCGUUAUCAUCGACCCGGAAGGAAUGUCUUUCAAUGAUCUCAAGCCUAUCUAUAAGGAGUUCCUCCUGAAACUCUCGCUCACUCUCACUAAAGACGAGCUGUACCAACACUCCAAGAACAUAAUGAAGAGGCAAAAAAAGAGAAUGGUACGAAGGAACAGCAUGGCAACUUCGAAGAAAAAUCAUCGUGUUCUGGUAGGUGAAAAGUUCCGGAGGCUCAGGCAUGUGUUCCAGAGGAACAUCAAAGGGAAGCUGGGAAAGAGGACAAGACAGAGUCAAGGACGAAGGAGCAGGGAGUUGCCUACUCCCGUGGAUGCUAAAUUGCCGGAAAGUUCAAUUUCGACGUCCUCGUACGAUACGAGGCAGUUCAAACCGAAAUCGGAAGUUAGUUCGGGCAAGAAAAAUAAUUACAGAAGGAAAAGCAGCGAUGCCACGAAAUACAGAAGAGACCGAACGAGCACCAGCGAAGAAAGCGACUUUUUCUCUGUGAAACGCAACCGCGGCAAAACCAAAAGCAUGUCCCUAGUGAACACCCAGAACCGAAACUCCUCCUCAGGUUUGUACCACAUUUGGCUGUUUAUGAGAAACAGCUAUCUAGAUUGAACAGGAAAUUAAC